CUGUCGGAGCCAGUGGGCUGCUGGAGAGAGAGAGAGACAGAGGCGUGGCCGCAGGAGGCGAGAGGCAGUGCGAGUCGGGCUCCCCGCGCGGAGCUGGCUUUGCUCGCGUCUCUCUCUGUGUGUGUCUUUACGCGCGCAGGGGACCCUUCUUCCGAAAGGUCAGCCUGGAGAGCCUCUGCGCUUGGAGGAUCGGACGCCGGGCAGCGGCACCAUGGAAGGCUCCCCAGCUUUCUGGGCGGUCGCUUUGCUGGCUCUUCUUCUGGGCGAAUCAACAGGUGGUACCAGACCUUCUAUUAUUCCAGCAGUUUCCACUUGGGUUGUGAAUAGUGGACAAGAGUUAAAGCUGUUGUGUAGUGAUGGUGGCACUGUGACCUGGGAUUUUCGGAGUUCGGACCCAUCAGGAAAGCCCCUCAUUUCAAAAACGGAGGAGUUACACAUAAGUAAAGCAGAAGCAAGCCACACAGGAACAUAUACAUGUACAAACACAGAGAGAUCGAACAACUCAAUUUAUGUUUUUGUUAAAGAUCCAGCGGUCCUGUUUUUUCAUGAGCCUGUCACAUACGCGAUGGAAGAUAGUGAUGCUCUCAUUCAAUGUCCAGUGACAGAUCCAGACAUUUCAAGUUUCACUUUGAAAAGGUGUCACGGGAAACCUCUGCCUGGGAAUAUGGAGUUAGUUCCUGAUCUUCAGAAAGGAAUUACCAUAAAGAAUGUACAGAGAUCAUUUUCUGGUUGUUACCAGUGUGUGGCGUAUCAAAAUGGAGAGGAGAAGGUGUCAGAAUUUAUCACACUAGUUGUGAGGGCAGUUCACAAAUCCCUUCCAGCCAUCUCCUUAUCCAAAACCAACCAACUUCUCAAAGAAGGUGAAGAAUUUGAAGUUACAUGCACAAUCAAGGAUGUAGAUAGCACUCUGCAAGCUAAUUGGAUUUUUCAAGGCAGCGCGACUGUUACAGGGAGAAGCAGGAAUACGGGCGCUUAUGGAUAUGAAAAGAAAUUAAAGCUGAACAUCAGUUCAGUGGGAGUUAAUGAUUCUGGAGCAUUUGUGUGCCAAGGAAGAAACACUUUUGGAACAAUCAAUUCCACUAUAACCUUGAAAGUACUAGGUAAAGGAUAUGUCAAUUUAUCAACUUCGGCAAACACAACAGUAAAUGUAAAUGAUGGAGAAAACCUGGAUUUAAUCGUGUCGUAUGAGGCAUAUCCAAAGCCAGAAGAAGAAGUGUGGAUGUACAUGAAUGAAACCUUGCAAAAUUCAUCCGAUCAUUAUGUGCGGGUCACAAACAUAGACAAAAACAGGUAUUCCAGUGAGCUUCACCUUACUCGACUGAAGGGAACAGAAGGAGGCGUAUACACAUUUUUUGUGUCCAACUCAGAUGCCAACUCCUCUAUAGCAUUUAAUGUCUAUGUGAACACCAAACCGGAAAUUGUUGCUUCAGACAGGCUUAGCAAUGGCAUGCUUCACUGUGUGGCUGCUGGUUACCCUGCCCCGAAAAUAGACUGGUAUUUCUGCACAGCAGCUGAGCAAAGGUGUUCAGAUUCACCAAACAUUUCACCAGUAGACGUGAAGACCAAUUAUAAAGAUUCGCCUUUUCCUCCUUUUGGGAAGAUAGUUGUUGAAAGCACCGUGGAUGCCAGCAUGUUCAAGAAUGGCACUGUUGCAUGUGAAGCUUCCAACGACAUUGCCAGGAGUGCUGCUUUUUUCAACUUUGCCAUUAAAGAACAAAUAAGCACCCACACCCUUUUCACUCCUUUGUUAAUUGGCUUUGGAGUAGCGGCAGGACUGAUGUGCAUCACAGUCAUCAUUCUUGUGUACAAAUAUCUGCAGAAACCAAAAUAUGAGGUUCAGUGGAAAGUAGUUGACGAAAUAAAUGGAAACAACUAUGUUUACAUCGAUCCCACACAGCUUCCUUAUGACGACAAAUGGGAGUUUCCGAGAAACCGGCUAAGUUUUGGCAAGACUCUUGGAGCUGGAGCUUUUGGGAAAGUGGUUGAAGCCACUGCCUACGGUCUCUUCAAACCUGAUGGAGCAAUGAGAGUAGCUGUAAAGAUGCUCAAACCCAGCGCCCAUUUCACUGAGAAGGAAGCCCUGAUGUCCGAGCUGAAAGUCCUGAGUUACCUUGGCAACCACAUUAACAUUGUCAAUCUACUCGGAGCCUGUACAGUUGGAGGUCCUACUCUGGUCAUCACAGAAUACUGCUGCUAUGGUGACCUUUUGAAUUUUCUGAGAAGGAAACGCGACUCCUUUAUUUGCCCAAAGCAUGAAGAAACAGCUGUCUACAAGAACCUUCUCUAUCAAAAAGAACACAUGUAUGAUGCCACUGAUGAAUACAUGGACAUGAAACCAGGAGUUUCUCAGGUCAUCCACACCAAAGCCACUAAAAGGAGUACAGGAUCGUUUGCUAAUCAGGAUGUCACCAUUGCCAUCUUAGAAGAUGAUGAACUGGCUCUGGAUAUUGAAGACUUGCUAAGUUUUUCUUAUCAGGUGGCAAAAGGGAUGAGCUUCCUUUCCUCUAAAAAUUGCAUUCACAGAGACCUGGCAGCAAGAAACAUAUUGCUUACUCAUGGGCGGAUUACAAAAAUAUGUGACUUUGGCCUUGCAAGAGAUAUCAGGAACGACUCAAAUUAUGUGGUCAAAGGAAAUGCACGACUUCCUGUGAAAUGGAUGGCACCUGAAAGCAUUUUUGAAUGUGUGUACACAUUUGAGAGUGAUGUCUGGUCUUAUGGAAUCCUGCUUUGGGAACUGUUCUCUCUAGGAAGCAGUCCCUAUCCUGGAAUGCCUGUGGAUUCCAAGUUCUAUAAAAGGAUUAAGGAAGGAUACAGAAUGUUUACUCCAGAAUUUGCACCUGCUGAAAUGUAUGAGAUAAUGAAGAGCUGCUGGGAUGCUGACCCCGUGAAGAGGCCGACUUUUAAGCAAAUUGUACAAUUGAUUGAGCAGCAGAUUUCAGAUACCACAAACCAUAUUUACUCAAACGUUACAAGUGGCGUUUGCACGCAGGGAAACGCUCCAGAUCACUCGGUGCGAAUAAAUUCGGUGGGCAGCAGCGCUUCAUCGACUCAGCCCUUGCUCACACACGAAGUUGCUUGAGAGGAGACUCGCCCAGCCUUGAUGAAGAAGCUACUGUCGUUGUUUCGAAAUGACUACUGGUUGUUCGCAGCGUAUUCACUACUACGCUGAGGGUAGUAGGAACGUUGCAGCGAUAUUCUUGCUCUGUUUCCCCCCCCCACCUCUCUUUUUGAAAAUCACAUGCUGUUAAAAACAAAAGUAGGUUACCCAUCACGGUUAACAAUGUUGUUACACUGUUUGCUAGAAUCUGUGUAUAGUUGCUAUGUUAAAUGCGUUUGUAGUGUAGAACCAGAUUUGGGAGUGGGAAAACAACUUGUUUAAAAUCUUUGGUAUGGAUUAGAGAUGCAUCCAGUGGCGUAGGAAGAGGGGGGGUGGGGGGAGCGGAGCGCCCCGGGUGCCAUCUCUGAAGGGGUGACAAGAGGGCACCCUACGGGGGUGCCAUCGUGCCUGCAGCCGCGGGUGAAGGAUCCUCUCUUGCGCGCUACAAGCCUAGGUCACAUUUCUCUCCCCCUCCCACCUAUCGGGCUUUUCCUUCUUGCACUGGGUAGGAGGUGGCGACGUUGCAGGCUCCCUCUUAAAGGGGCAGUGCCAAUUCUUGCUGUCAGGGCAGAAGCGAAGAGUAGAGCGCCUUGCCUCCCUCGCGGCUGCACCCUUCGCUGUCAGCGAGCAGCUCGUCCUCUCCCAGCCCAGCCCCCAGCUCUGGAUACUUGGGAGUUGCGUUGGGGGGGUCGGUAUGCAGUUGCCCCCACUCCUGAGUCCUGGCUGGAGCCUGGAGGAGUAGGCAGGACGCAGGGAGAGGAUGAAAUUUGGUCGGCUUUGCUGACAAAGACGUGCAGCUCCCACACACACACCCCUCUCUUUCUUUUUGCUCGGCAAAACUUUGGAGUUCUUAUUUUUCUUCCAUCUCCUUUUUUGCAAAAGCGUGUGGGGCAUCUGAAGGCUGGAAGCACUUGUAAGAAGGUUCGGGAGUUUGGUUUUUCCUUUUGCAAAACCGCAACUGUUUUCUCAAAAGGGAAAACGCCGCAGGCAGGGGGGGGGGACAGUGGAAGAGGAAAGAGUUUUUGUACAGAGAAUGGAGCGCCCUCGUGGAGAACCGGGUGGUUUGUGUGUGUGCAUGGAGAGUAUCCGAUCAGUGUUUGCAAAAACACUUCAACUUUGCCCCCCCAAAAUAAAAAUAAAAAUUCUAGCGGGGUGGGUGGGAGAGAAGGGGGACAAAAAAGCACUACGAGGAAAGAAGCGAGAGGAGGGCAGAACCAGAAAUGUUUUCCAGGCACUCAGCUAUGCAAAAGUGAGUGAGAGGCAAGGGAGUUGGGAAGAGGAUCUUUUCUCCGGUAACGUUCAGUGCAACAUUGCGAGAGAGAUCCAACUUCUUUCCUGCCUUUUCUCUCUGAAUGGAGGUGCUUCUGCUGCCCCCCCCCCCCGGGUCUGGCUUUCUUUAAAGGACACACACACACAAAAAACCUUUUUUUAAAAAAAAGAUUUCGAAGGUUUCUCCUCCCAAACCUGCUUUCUUUUACUUUUACAUGCUUCUGUUCCCUCUUGAUCCCAAAAUGGCAACUUUCCCAGUUUUCUCUUUUGCAGACUCCUCCCCACCGAUUUUGGACUCUGUAAAUUUAGGUUUCUUUUUAAAAAACAGAAAUGUAACCUGAUUUCAAGUGCUUGUAAAAUGACAGCUUUUGGGGGGAGGGUGUAGAUUUGUUUGGAGGAAAGCCGGGGUAACGCAUGCUAUUGGGGGGAGAGGGUGAGUUCCUGUUUCUUUAGGAACAAAGAGAAAUCUGUCUAGGCAUCUGUCACUCAGUGAGAAAGAGACAUGAGAAACUUUUUGCGAGAGCUUUUCUCGUCAUCCAAUUGCUUUCAGCCCUUGGGUGCUGGGGACCCCUCUUUUUUCGGGGAGGAAGUCUCUGCUUAUUUCAAGUCUUGCUUGAAUUCAAACGGAAGAAAAUGAAAUGUUUGAUCUGCUUUUUCUCCUCCCCCUUUUCUGCCCCCGUUCGGAUCCAUUUCCAAUUGCAUUCUCUCUGUGUAGGAAUGGACACGGCGGAGGAGGCACCUUGUUGCUGUUUAACUUCCUUUCGCUUGCAUUUUGAGGUUGCGGAUGGGUGGGUGUUUUGACAAAGUGGGGCCAAUGUAGCCAAUCCAAAAAACCCCAAAGCAAACAAAAAACAACCCGUGCUUUUAGCCCGACUCUCCUCCGUCCUUCCUGAAUUGUUUGCAUUUUUAAAAAAAAUAUUCUUAUUUUGCUCUGGGCUGGAUUGUGUCAUUCCCAUGUGCAGUUGGCAGUGUGGGGAGUUCAGGGCCAGGAGAAAAUGGCAGCAUAAAAAGAGGCUCCUCCUCCUCCAUCCCUGAGGAGUUGCAGACUUGAAACAGGAGAGAGAGAGACUUCUUCACAUAGUCAGCAGCUCCUUCUGCACUGGUAUUGCCUGAAGGAAUAGGAGAACGAGGAUCCGUUUGCUUUUGCAGAUUUUUUAAAAUAGGUACAAAGUCUUGCCCAUUUCUCUUCCUCGUGGGGGGGGGCGUAGAGGAGAGGUGAAUGCACGCUUGCAUUUCAAUGCACUUGAAUUUGCCCGGCAUUUUUCUGCGUGUGCGCACUUGCUGGGGGUGGAUACGGACAUGUUGAUCUCUGAGUGCCUUCCUCCAAACAAACCAUGCGCCGCCGUCAGUGGGAUCCCUCCGCUGCAGGUGCAUGCAGAGAAUCCUGUCACCAUACAUACGGCACGCGCAUGUGCUGUACGGAUGUCAUGCGCAUGCGCCGCCAGGUGGUUUGCCCUGCCCCGGGUGCCGGUUCUGCUUCCUCCGCCGCUGGAUGUAUCUAUCUGUAUAUAUUAUAUAUAAUGCCAGACGUCGAGAGCUCUGAUUCUAGAAAAUAGGUGUUUAUGUUUGGAAAUGAAUAAAUGCAGAUAUCUGAAUCGAUUUCCAUUGCUUUCCCAACCCCUGAAAUGUUAGAAAUGCAAGCAAAAAGCAAAACAUAUAACAUUCCAAAUCCUGGAGCAAAAUAGACCACUUGACCAGAAGGGAAUGGAAAGACCCCGAAUAUUGUAGCACCUCAACUUGAGCACCUGAGAUGUUGGGCCACCUCUUAGGACAAGGGUGGGGAACCUGAGGCCCUCCAGAUUUCCAGUUCCUAUUAUCAUAGCCAAUGGCAGAAAAGAGUCUAGCAACAUCUGAGUGGCAGUUCUCACCUGGUUGGUCCCCCUCUUGGUGCUUCUGCAUUCUAGGUCGAAGAUAGGUUGGGGCAUGGGUGGGUGGGGCGCAGAGAGAAGAUUAUGUUCAUGCUUCAUUUUUGAAUGCAUAUGUUCACAUUCAUGUACAUGUACCUAUAGUUUGUAACCUGUGAGUGGCUGUUGGUUUUAAUUAUUUUUCAUAGCUUCAUCUACCUUGGAAGGUCUCUGCAUCCCAUUUCUUCUACGGCAUAUGCCAGGAAGAAGAAAACUCUCUGCUGGGUGGCUAUAUCCAAGUUAUCAAAAUAAUUGCGUCCCCAUUGACUACUGCUUCUCAGUCUGGUGAAGAAAUGUGUCUUAUUUGCAUUUCACAACAUACAGUUUUAUGUUCUCUGUAAAGCUCUUGUAGUCUGAUCAGAGACUAGGCAAGGUGUUAAUGGUAUGAACUAGGUACCUUCUGAAGAAAGCUGCUCAUUUUUCACAGCUUUUAUUACCAUAAACGUGAUUAUUGUUUGUAAAAGUCCUUUUCUUUCCCUUCUUAUUCUUCCCCAAGUAUCUUCUGGUUGCAUUUUUCUACACAACCGUGAAAGCUUUCUGUAGAGGCCCACAUAACCAUUUCCUGGGGAAGGGCUUAUCCCUCUGUAACAUUAUGUACUGCAGGGAUGACAAAUAACUUGAUAAAUGACUUGCUUGAGGUUUGUGGAUUUUCAUGUUAGAGCCAAGCGGAGUAUAGCAGGCAGGUAGAUUUAGGAAUGGCAUAUCGAUAUUGCUACUGUUGUUCCAGAAUACAUCCUUAUUGUCCUAGACCAUAAACAGAUGCUUAAACAUUCUAGACCCUUUGUUUUUUUCUAAAAGAUCCAGUUUUCCACAAAAAAGCGAAAAUCUAGAAGAAGGCAUGUGGGUAAUAGACCAAUUUUGAAAUAGCUAUUUAUUUAUAGUACACCAGCGUUUUAGCACCCUGUUAUUUCAGCACUCCUUUGUUGAGUUUACAUUGUUUCGUUAGAAGUAGCUAUUCACCCAAAUGCAAGAUAAUUUAAAAAAUAAAAUACACUGCUGGAUUCCUCAAAUUAUACCACUCACUUUUACUGUAUGAUCUGAUCUAUCGCUACGUUUUCCUCCAUGUCACUUGGGGCUCUAUUUCCAGAUGUUUGCUAGCCAGUCUUCACGGUAGACACUUGCACUGGAGUUAUUUACGCUGUUGCACCUUUCCGAAGUUUGGGGGAAGGAGGGCUCAGUCCAAAAUCCACAUAUGCAGGGGUUUCCCAUUCUCUUCUGCGAAGGGAAACUCUCCCAAAAUGCACCAGGUGUUCUCAUUGCACAUGCAGGUCAUCUUCCUGUUCUGAAAAUGCGGAAACCUUGGCUUCUAUCCUGCACCUGACCCCCAACUUCUAAGGAUAAUUCCAACACCUUUUUGGCUCCCAUAGCUGUCGGAAGGCAUAAUAAUUUUCCACACCGCGGUACUUCAUUGGCACUUAGAUGGAAGACUUUAUUCCUUUAAAUGUUCUGAAAAGUUAUAUUUUUAUAAUUUUUUUUGAAAAAUUAGUUUUGCAGCAGCUUGAUAUUUUCAGGUUUGUAGCAAUAAUGUCUCCUCAACUCCUUUAGGUUCUUGAAAAAUAUUUUUAUAUAAAUAUAUAUAUAUAUGCAAAGCAGCUGUAUGUAUAAAUAUGUGGAUGUUUGAAAAGUUGUAUUGUUAAAAGAGUUUAAAUAAAAGUGUAAAUAAUAUACAUUCA